AUGUUGUCCUAUACGAUGAAAACUUCAUUAGUGAACAGAAACACUUUAAGAUUGGUGCUUAAAAAUAAUAUCACAAAGAAACAUCUUGCAUCGACAUUAUCAACAAAAUUGUUAGUCUCAAACGGACAGAUGAGAUACGUUUCCCAAUCCAUACCUUCCAAAAAGCCUCAUGAAGUCGUUACCUUAACUUCAAACAAUUCCUCGGAACAACAUCCUGGUCAUCAAGAAGCACCAAUUUCUGAUCCAUCCAAUGCCGCUUACUUGAAAACCUUAUCCAAAAGUGAAUUGAUAUCCUUGGCUAUGAUUGGUUUUUGCAGUAUUAAUAAGCCCAUGUUGGACCUGGUCAUCAAAGUUUUCCCAUAUGUCCCAUUAUUUCUUAUCAAGCUUUUUGUUUAUAAAUUAUAUUGCGGUGGCGCUAAUUUCAAAGAAGUUGUACAAACCGGUAAAAAUUUGCAAAAAAGAGGCAUUAAUAAUAUGAUGCUUUCCUUGACUAUGGAAGAUUCAGAAGGGACCAAAAAUAUUGAUAUUAAUUAUAUUGUUGAUGAAACAAUCAGGUCUAUUAAGGAAAUUUUAGACCCUAACUUAGAACAACAAUUAGUGAAAGCCUCCAGUGUUGAAGAAAUUAAUGAUAUUCCACCAGGUUAUAUUGCUUUAAAACCCUCUGCUUUGGUAUCCAAUCCAGCACAAGUUUUGUUAAACUUCAAUAAUCCAGAGUGGAAAAGUCAAAGGGAGGAACUGAUAAAGAACUGUUCAAAGAUUACUCAAGUAGUUUAUGAUUUAAAUAAAGAACUAUCAUUGAAAUACCCUCAAAGAAAAAGUCCCUUUUUCAUUUCUGUUAUUGAUGCCGAAAAAUAUGAUCUUCAAAAAGCUGGUGUGUACGAAUUGCAAAGAAUUUUAUUUGAAAAAUUUAAUCCACAAUCCGAACCAAUGAUUUCUUGUGCUGGCACAUGGCAAUUAUAUCUAGUGGAUUCUACAAAAGAUUUACAAAAGGAGUAUGAAAGGGCCUCUAAAAAUGGUUACAAGUUAGGUGUUAAAAUUGUACGUGGUGCCUAUAUUCAUUCUGAAGCAAAAAGAUCUACUAUUAUUCAGCCAACAAAAGAGGCUACAGACUUAGUAUAUGACAAAGUUAUGAAACAAAUUAUUAAUGAUUUGUUACAAAAGGGGGAAAAAUCUACCUAUGGUCAUUUAGUCAUUGCAUCACAUAAUUAUAAAUCACAAUUGAUUGCCAGCGAAAUGUUGCACAAUAUAUCUAGUAAUAAUAGUGGUAAAUCUAAUAUUGUUUUGGGUCAAUUGUUGGGCAUGGCCGACAAUGUCACUUAUGAUUUAAUUCACAACCAUGGUGCAAAAAAUAUCAUCAAAUAUGUUCCAUGGGGUCCUCCACUAGAAACUAAAGAUUAUUUGUUGAGAAGGUUACAAGAAAACGGUGAUGCUGUUAGAGCCGAUAACGGUUGGCCUUUAGUUAAAUCUGUAUUCAAGACCUUGUUUUCCAGUUGA